GGAACCUCGGAAUCAGAACACACGUUGCUGCGAAAUCGCCUCUCGCUGGCGCGGGCCACAGCCCGGCUGCCUGCAUGGCCCGCGGGCUCACAGUCUCAAAACGAGGGAUUGUCUGGCACAUCUCCGGAGCCAUCUUAACCGAAGUUUUCUGCUCACGAUGCAUGCCUGAUCCUCAGGCCUGUACACACCGGCCGCUCCCAUGUCCGAGCCGCCAGCAUCGGAGCGAGGCCCAUCGCGUCGGUGGAUGGCCAUAAUUUUCUCGGUUGGCGGCGCUGCACUGCUCACCGUCGGGAUUCUCUGGACGCGCCGUAGGAGGCGGCAUCGCCAGCACUCGCAGGGGAACGCCGCCCAAUCUGUCAGUGCUCCUGGGCCAGCGGACACCAGUGAAAUCACGCAAGCUGUCGGGGAUUCGUUCGGCGCAUGGGACGACAUCGCGGAGAGGCUCCGGGCAGAAUUUGGCCCCUGUGAGCUGGACAUCGAGGACAUGACGAAACCGAAUUGGGAUGGCAGUCCAGGUCCUCCAAGAAUCAGCCUCGAGCUCGUCUCUGACGUCUUCGCGGGGCUGCCUCAAUCAGAGAGGCAACAGAGAGUUCGCAAGGUGCUGGUGUCAGACAUCAAGAGCAGGCGCAUCGAUGAUUAUACAGCACUGCUGCAGACACCAGAUGAGCAACGCCGCUUUGCUGGCUAGGUGAAGUGAGACAAUGGCGGACGUACAACCUCAGUUGGGGCAUGCGGAGUUAUGUUAUGUUGAAGGUCGGCGCGCGGAAGCCAUGUACGGACAGUGAGGAUGUAGAAGGGCUGCAGGUGGGCCGCUGAUAUGUCGCCGCCACGACGCGGCGGGAACAAGAUCCCUCAACGGGGCUUCCCCCGCCUCCGGGGCUGUCCCACGUUCCCCCCAAAGGGACCUCCUCAGAGGGAGGGAUCUCCCCCACCCGGGCCCUCCCCCCUCCCCGACGGACCUGGCCGCCGGUCUGGGGCACCGCCCGGCCGCGGGGGCGCCGCGAGCCCGCACCGCCUGGCCGCCGGGAGCGAGUGUGCUCGGCGGUGCGGCCGCCGCGCGCCGCCGUCGCCGCUGCCGCUGCCAAGGGCGGGCUUACCGUUGCGCCUGCGGGCGGUUGCGCCUGCGAGCGAGUUUACCUCGAAGAAGAA